CCUGGAAUCGGCUACACCUGCAUCAACAGUCAGAAGUCGACCAACUUCCGCGACGAUUGCAUAAUAAAGCGAUACUUUCAUCUGUUUGCAUACACACGUUGUAUCACUCUUUCUGGCGGCACGGGAUCCUUCAGCCUUUACACGCCAACGCCAACUCCAACGCCGUCAAUCCAAGCAGCGUUUAGUCUGCCUGUGACAUCUUACGGAAUUGCUCGCUUAAGCGAAACACCAACUUACUUCCUUGAUUUCCCCAGCACAAUCGAUCACGGUGUCAAAGCCGAUGGCUUGUGCCUUAUAGCUUCAUCGGAUACUGCCAGCUUGCUUCGUCCGCCUUUGCCUUCGUACACACUAUGGGCUUCGUGGCAGUAUGCACUGCACUUUAUGAUUACCAACCGCAAGGUGCCGGUGAGCUCGACAUUAAAGAGGGGGAACUCUUGUACAUACUCGAAAAAAGCACCGAGGAUGACUGGUGGAAGGCCAAGAAGAAGGCAGCUGGAGAUGAUGAGGACGAGCCUGAGGGUCUAAUACCCAACAACUACGUCGAGGAGGCCAAACCCGUCCAUGCCGCAAAAGCUCUCUAUGACUAUACUCGGCAGACUGACGAGGAAGUUUCCUUCACAGAAGAUGCCACUCUUCAGGUCUACGACACCUCGGAUCCGGAUUGGACUCUAGUUGGCGUAGGCGAUGACUAUGGCUUUGCGCCAGCGAACUACAUUGAGAUCUCCGGGGAUGCACCUCCAACGUCUUCCUCGUCCUCUAACAGACGAUCGAUCCCCCCUGCGCCCGCACCCGAGCCAGAGGCAUUGGCCAGUCCGGUAUCCCCAGCAAGAUCAACACAUGAUCCUGCAGCCAACCUAGCACGAGUCUUAGGAGGUCAAGCCCCGGCCUCACCUGCCUCAGCUCGCCCGAUACCCACGCCGUCCCGUGUGCAGCUAACCCCGGAUCCCUCAGAUGAAGAAGAAGCCGCGCCUGCACUUCCUCAGAGACGUCCCUCGCAGCAUGCAUCACUUCCUAUUUCAUACUCACAGCAAGAAGAAGAGGGGGCAGGUCCUCUACCAUCGCCGCCCUACAACAGAGCUCUCGGACGACCUGAGGACGAUGACGCACCCAUUCGAUCACCGGGCGGGUAUCAUUUAUAUAACAUUAACGAGAUGGUGUCGGCAAUGGGACGAAGGCGGAAGAUGCCGACGACGUUGGGCAUUAACAUCGCCACAGGAACCAUCAUGGUCUCUCCCGAGAAGUCAAGAGAUGGGCCCUCGCAGGAAUGGACAGCCGAUAGAAUGACACACUAUUCGAUUGAGGGCAAGCACGUCUUCAUUGAACUCGUCAGGCCGAGCAAGAGCCUAGAUCUACACGCGGGAGCCAAGGACACCGCAGAAGAAAUCGUCCGAGCUCUAGGAGAAAUUGCUGGUGCUCAUCGAGCAGAGGGCAUUCGAGAGGUGAUCGAGGCAGCUUCGGGUGGCGCCAGCCACAAGAAGGGCCAGGUUCUCUACGACUUCAUGGCACAAGGUGAUGAUGAAGUCACGGUUGGUGUCGGAGAUGAGGUCAUCAUCCUAGACGAUACCAAAUCGGAGGAGUGGUGGAACGUCCGGCGGUUGAAAAACGGCAAGGAAGGUGUGGUACCCAGCAGCUACAUCGAGGUAACCGGGUUUGUCACUCUGGAGCCGCCCUCACGAAGCGGGCUGAAUGCCGGCCUAAGUUCAGUUGAGCAGAACCGCCUCGAAGAAGAAAGGCUCGCCAAGGAAGCCGCAAGAUCUGAUCGGGCGCGGCAGCAUGCUGAACAUUCGCGGUCGCACAGCGAGGUUGGACCGGGGAUGCCACUCCCUCAACGCGGAAGUAGUCUCGCCGACGAUCAGCCCAGCAGAAGAGACCGAAGAGAAAAGGACGAUCGAAAGAAACGAUCGAAGCCGGACCCUACCAAAGUCAGGACCUGGACAGAUCACUCUGGCUCUUUCAAAGUUGAAGCUCAAUUCUUAGGUGUAGCAGAGGGUAAGAUCCAUCUGCACAAGGUUAAUGGCGUCAAGAUCGCCGUCCCUGUGACCAAGAUGUCGCCAGAAGACCUGGACUACGUUGAACAGGUAACGAACGAAUCGAUCGAGGAGCACAUUCCAGUGGCUGAUUUGAUCAAGAUGAAACGCCGAAGUCAGCAGUCUGAGCAGUCGAAAGGGCGAAGCGGAGCCUCUAUAGAGCAACCAAAGGCACCCGAGUAUGAUUGGUUUGAUUUCUUCCUGAAAGCAGGUGUAGGACCACAUCAGUGUGAACGAUACUCGCAGGCCAUGAUUCGGGACUCAAUGGACGAAACCGUCCUCCCUGACAUUACCGCCGACACUUUACGAACACUGGGUCUUAAGGAAGGGGACACACUCAAGGUCAUGAAAUACCUAGACCAGAGGUUUGGACGUGCGCGAUCAGCCAGUGUGAAUGGCACCAAUGGCGAAGCUGGGCCAGGAGGCAUAUUCUCGGGCCCAGGCGGAGCCUUGCACAACAACACGCGUAGAGGCAGGCCUGAAGCUAACCGACAGACAAGCGACGUGGUCGAUGCCGACGCUUUCGCCAAGAAAGAAGCAGAAAAGAUGAGUGAUGCAAAAGCGACACCCCUAACCGAGGCCCCCCCUCGAAAACCAGAUGGUGGAUUCGACGAUGAUGCAUGGACUGUCAAACAGCCGAAGCAGACGCCUACAUCUGCUGCUUCUGCUGCACCUCCGGCUCCGAAACCUCCUACGGGCGCCAUGCAGGAUUUGUCUCUGCUGGACGCUCCUCUUGUACCGACUCCAGCCCAGCCAUCCGCGCCCGCGGUAAGUCAACCAGCACCAGCACCUCCCCCAGCACCACCGCAACCCCCAAUUAUACAGUCGCCCCCUGUACAGCAGCCUCAGCAGACAGGAGCAACUCCACAAUUUUUCUCGGGCCUCCAACAGCAACAAACAGGGAUACAACCUCAACCAAGCGGACUCCAACCGCAACAGUUCAACCCACCCAGACAGAGACCGACAGCACCACAGCAAAGCUUCACUGGCGCUGGUCUGUUGCCACCGCCCCCGCGACCAACAUCUGCACCUCAAAAUCCUCAACACAAUCAAUUUGGCCUGCAGCCUCUACAGCCUCAACUCACUGGCAUCCCCAGUACUUCAGCAUUCCAAGCUCCUCCCGGUCAGAGUUUGAACGAUUUAACACAGCAAAGAUUGCAGCAACAAUAUCAGCAGAUGCAGUUGCAAUCUCAACCCACCGGCUUCGGUCAAUUUGGCCUUGGUCCACAGCCUACCGGUUUCCAACAGGGGCCACAAUUUGGACAAUUCCAGCAACCCUAUAUUAAUGGCAAUGCUGCUGGAAGUCCAUUUGCAGACCCUCGUCCUGCAUUCCAAUCACAGCCGACUGGGAUGCCGUUCCAACAAAACUCGGCGGCAGGUGGUGUCAACUCAAUGCUCCCUCAGGCCCUGCAACCGCAGAGGACCGGUUAUGGGUCUCCAAUUCAACAGCAGCAGCCGAACGGGUUUGGUCAAGGUAUUCAGCCACAGCCAACGGGAUUUCCACAACAAGCUCAGGCUAUACAAACCCAGCCGACAGGGUUCCAACAGGGAAUUGCCCCCCAAGCCACCGGUUUUGGGCAAGUCCCUCAGCCAAAUGGAUUUCAGAGAUUCUCACCGCCUCCUGUUCCUCCACUGCCUCAAUUUCCUGCAGCUGCUCCUCUGCAACCACAAAAAACAGGGCCAGCUCCUGAUAUUAAAUUUGGAAUGUCUCCCGCGAAGAAGCUGACGCCUCAGCCUACGGGGCGGCGCGCAAAUCUUGCCAAUGCUAGUAAGUUUAAACAUGUCGCAUUCUUGACAAGAUAGCUACUGACACAGAUAUAGCGGCUGAUAACCCGUUUGGCUUCUGAGCAUGACUUUCGAAUGGAACGUUAUUUCACAGCAUAGUCCUCUUUGAUACCGUGAUGAUUGCGGGAUACAAUUGUUUGGGUGUUCAAUGCGAUCGAUGAUGUCAAGGGUUUAGCAAGCAAGCUACUUGCUGCCACGGAGGUCAAGCAUGUUCCCUGCGCGUCUCAUCCUUUUGAGCGACUGUGAGAUAGAUUUUUGAGGAGGGUGGUUAUGGAUGUUAGCAGGGAGUCAAGGGCUCAAAUGCAGUUGUCUUGUACUUUCUAAGUCGAGCAAGGUGGUUUCACAUUGCUUCUUGUUUGCAAGCGGCAUUCGAGACAAGUGUCAAUGGCGUAUAUUUGUGGGGAGCCUACAUAGCCUUUCUGUGUGUCGACACUUACCAAUGUGGAAAGUAUUUAUCGAGAUAUGAAGAUGUAGGAGCGAUUAGUAAAUAUACAACAUCAUGAUCUGAUCUUAAGAAGGUCAGCC